AUGUACAUCAAGUCAAUCGUUUUAGAGGGUUUCAAAUCGUACGCCGAAAGAACUGAAAUCAACGGAUUUGACCCGUUGUUCAACGCCAUCACUGGAUUGAAUGGUAGCGGAAAGUCAAACAUUCUUGAUUCGAUUUGCUUUCUUCUUGGAAUCUCGAAUCUGUCACAAGUGCGAGCCACUAAUCUUCAAGAUUUGGUCUAUAAAAAUGGACUUGCUGGUGUCACUAAGGCAACCGUGUCAAUCACCUUCGAUAAUUCUAACAAGAAACAGAGCCCGCUUGGAUUUGAGACGCACGAUGAGAUUACUGUCACUAGACAGGUGGUUAUCGGAGGCAGGAACAAAUACCUAAUUAACGGCGUGAACGCCAAUAACACGCGGGUUCAGGACCUGUUCUGCUCCGUGGGUCUGAAUGUGAACAACCCCCAUUUCCUCAUCAUGCAGGGGAGAAUUACAAAGGUUUUGAACAUGAAACCACCUGAGAUCCUAGCCAUGAUCGAGGAGGCCGCAGGCACCAGAAUGUACGAGUGUAAGAAAAUCAGCGCUCAGAAAACCAUCGAAAAGAAAGAGGCAAAACUGAAAGAGAUACAGACGAUAUUGGAGGAGGAGAUAUCUCCUGCCAUGGAGAAGCUAAAGGAGGAGCGUUCCUCGUACCUGGAGUACCAGAAGCUGAUGCGGGAGAUUGAACAUUUGAGCAGGCUCUACGUGGCUUAUCAGUUUGUCUGCGCUGAGGAGACCAAGGUCAAGUCAGCCGACGACCUGCAGGUGAUGCAGGACUCCAUCACCAAGCUGCAGGAAAACAUGCGGCAGAACGAGGCCAAAGUCCAGGAGCUCAGUAAAGAGAUCCAGGAGCUGGAACGCAGGAGAGACAAGGAAGUGGGAGGAGUUUUGAAGACUCUAGAGGAGACCCUGGCCGAAGCCCAGAGAGUGGACACUAAAGCGCAAAGCGCCCUCGACCUGAAGAAGCAGAACCUGAAAGACGAGACCAAAAAAAGAAAAGAGCUGGUCAAAAACAAAGAGGAGGAUAAGAAGGUGCUGGCGUCGAAGGAAGCGGAGGUCGUCAAGGCGACGGAGCGUCUGCAGGCGGUGCAGGAGGAGGGGCGGAAGGACGCGGAGGAGCUGGAGGCGGCACAGCAGCACUUCCGCGCCGUGUCCGCCGGGCUCUCGGCCAAUGAGGACGGAGCGGAGGCCACCCUCGCCGGGCAGAUGAUGGCCUGCAAAAACGACAUGAGCAAAGCGGACACCGAGGCCAAACAGGCUCAGAUGAAGCUGAAGCAUGCCCAGCAGGAGCUGAAGAACAAACAGACCCAGGUGAAGAAGAUGGACAGCGGCUAUAAGAAAGAUCAGGAUGCUUUUGAGGCUGUGAAGAAAUCUAGAGACAAACUCCAGGCUGAGCUCCAGAAACUCAACUACGAAGACGGACGAGAGGAGAGCCUGCUGGAGCAGAAGAGACGCCUGUCUCGAGAGGUGACCCAGCUCAGAGAGACACACGAAUCCCUCAUGGCACGCUUCCCCAACCUCCGCUUCGAAUACACAGAUCCGGAACGUAACUGGGAUCGCAGUAAGGUCAAAGGUCUGGUCGCUAACCUCUUCGCCGUCACCGACGUGUCCCACGCCACCGCCCUGGAGGUCGUGGCCGGAGGUCGACUUUACAACAUUGUUGUUGACAACGAGGUGACGGGAAAGAAGAUUCUGGAAAAGGGAGAGCUGAAGCGUAGGUACACCAUCAUCCCCCUGAACAAGAUCUCCUCCCGCACCCUCAACGACAACGUGAUCCACGCCGCCAAAGACCUGGUGGGGGCGGAUAACGUGAAUGUGGCCCUGUCUCUGGUGGGGUACGAGUCAGAACUCAGGAAAGCUAUGGAGUACGUGUUUGGUACCACGCUGGUCUGUGACACUCUGGACAACGCCAAGAAAGUCGCUUUCGACAAACGCGUCUCCACCAAAACGGUCACGCUCGGAGGAGACGUGUUCGACCCCCAGGGAACGCUGACUGGAGGUGCCCGUCCCCAGACUGCCUCGGUGUUGUCCAAACUGGCCGAGGUGAAGGACGUACAGGACAGUCUGCGCACGAAAGAGGCGGAGCUUGUUGCCGUGGAGACCGAGCUCCGCGGCCUGAAGGGAACAGCUGAAAAGUACCGUGAGCUGAAGCAGCAGUUGGACCUGAAGACUGAGGAGGCCCAGUUACUGGAGGCCAAACUCCAACAGAGCUCCUUCCACAAACAGCAGGAGGAGCUGGAGACGCUCCGCAAAACCAUCGAGGAAAGCGAGGAGACGUUGAAGAAGACUAAGGAGGUGCAGAAAAAGGCGGAGGAGAAGUUUAAGGUCCUGGAGAAUAAGAUGAAGAACGCAGAGGCCGAGAGAGAGAAAGAGCUGAAAGCGGCUCAGCAGAGACUCAACCAGGCCAAGAGCAAGGCCGACGCCUACCACAAGAAACUCAAAGAGAGACAGCAGGAGGCGUCUGCUGUCGGUUUGGAGUUAGAGGAGCUGAAGAGGGAGCAGGCUGGGUAUGAGCAGCAGAUUCAGGCUGUGGACGAGGCCAUAGCGGCCAUUCAGGAACAGAUUGACGCCAUGGCAACCGAAGUCUCAGCCAAUAAGGAGGCUGUGCGUCAGGCCCAGGAGGAGCUGUGCAAACAGAAGGAGGUGAUCCUGGGUCAGGAGAGAGAGAUUAAAGGGAAGAGUGGUGAAGCCAACCGUCUGAGAGAACAGAACAAUGACGCGCAGCUGAAAAUCAAAGAGCUGGAACACAACAUCAGCAAACACAAGAAAGACAGCGCAGACGCUGCUGCCAGGGUGGCUCGGAUGCUGGCGGAAAACGACUGGAUCGCUCAGGAGAGACACCUGUUCGGUCAGCCCAACACGGCGUACGACUUCCAGGCCAACAGCCCCAAAGAGGCUGGGCAGCGUCUGAAGAGACUGGAGGAGACCAGGGAGAAGCUGGAGAGGAACGUGAACCGCAGGGCCAUGAACAUGCUGAGUGAGGCUGAGGAGAGGUAUAAUGACUUGAAGAAGAAGAAGAGAAUCGUUGAGAACGAUAAAGCCAAGAUUCUGGAGACCAUAGCCGAGUUGGACCAGAAGAAGAACGAGGCUCUGAAUGUUGCCUGGCAGAAGGUGAAUAAAGACUUCGGCUCCAUCUUCUCCACCCUCUUGCCGGGCGCCGACGCUCGUCUGGCUCCGCCCGAGGGGUGUGGCGUGCUGGACGGCCUGGAGUUCAAGGUCGCCCUCGGCAACACCUGGAAAGAGAACCUCACCGAGCUCAGCGGAGGGCAAAGGUCUUUGGUGGCGCUGUCGCUCAUUCUGGCCAUGCUGCUGUUUAAACCGGCGCCCAUCUACAUCCUGGACGAGGUGGAUGCUGCGUUGGACCUCUCUCACACGCAGAACAUCGGCCAGAUGCUGCGUACACACUUCACACACUCACAGUUCGUGGUGGUGUCUCUGAAAGACGGAAUGUUCACCAACGCCAACGUGCUCUUCAAGACCAAGUUUGUUGACGGCAUCUCCGCGGUAACCCGCACGGCUCAGAGUCAGGAAGGGAAAGUGUUGGCACAGCGCGCGCAGGAGAAAGCCAAGACUAAAGACAAACGCCAGCGACAGAUACUGGUCAACUAA